AUGGAAAUAUCCGAACUUGACUUGCCUUAUGUCCUGAGGACAAACCACAGUAUUAUUUUGUCUGAAUGUUUGGGAAACUGUUCUGACGGGAAUUAUGUUGUAAGCAAACACACAAACGAUCAUCUUGGUAUGUCCAGAUACGCGAUCAUAUUCCUGGUAUAUCUGGUAGAUGUCGUUAUAAUACCCGUUGUCUUCCCCGCCAUCUUGUUCGUUGCCUCGACUAUAUUGUGGAAUAUCAAUGUCUGGUGCUCACGUGAUCCAUCAUGCUCACUUCCGUUACCCCCCGGAAGUUCCGGUCUACCUGUGAUUGGAGAAACGCUCCACUUCUUAUUCAAGGGACGAAAGUUUUUCGAUGAGAAGCGGAAAAAGCACGGCAACAUUUACCGGACUCACAUGCUCGGGAAACCCACCAUACGAAUUGUUGGAAUAAAGGGGGUUAAGCAAAUAAUGGCGGGCGAGAAUUUCCGAGUGACAGCAGAAUGGCCUAGAAGUACCCGGAUGUUGCUCGGAGGCGGUAGUCUAUCAUCAUCAACGGGAAUAACCCAUUCCAUCCGAAAGAAGGCUAUACUUAGGGCAUUUACCCAUGAAGCCAUCAGUUCGUACACGCCCGUUGUUAUGGACGUGGUACGGGACUACAUCAACAGUUGGUGUGAAAAGGUCAACAUACUAGGUUACAAAGAAUUCCGAAGCCUGAACUUUGAACUCACGUGUCGAGUACUAUUGGGUAUCAACAUGGACCAAGAGGAAAAGUCAAAGCUGAUGGGCAACUUUGAAACAUUUCUGGGAAGCCUGUUUAGUCUACCUGUCUGUGUUCCGGGGUUUGGACUGUAUAAGGGUAUGAAGGCCAGGGAUAUGCUCCUACAAAAGAUAGAACAGUGCAUUAAAGAGAAGCAAGGAUCAGGGUCCCCACACAGCUUCAUGGACGCUCUCAGCCUGAUGAUGGACAUAGAAGGCGACGAGAAACUAACGCUUGCAGAGGCUAAGGAUGUUGGUCUUGAACUUUUGUUCGCUGGACACGAGACGACCUCGAGCGCUGCUUGCACGUUAGUGUUGCAGCUGACAAAACACCCAGAAGUAAUGCUGAAGAUUGUCGACGAACUAGCUCGAUACGGAGUGACAGAUACCUUAGAUGUUGACAUCCCUUAUGAUACUAUAAACAAGCUCAGAUAUACCCGUGAUGUUGUGAAGGAAGUGUUACGUCUUACACCGCCUAUUGGCGGGGGUUACAGGAAGGCACUCCGUACAUUCGAAGUUGGGGGUUAUCAAGUACCGAAAGACUGGGCUGUAGUCUACUCAAUAAGGGACUCCCACGAGUCGUCCGAAUUCAUUGAAAGUCCGGAAAAGUUUGAUCCCGAUAGGUGGAGCCACCUAGAUGUUGACGACAGGCAACACUUUCUGGUAUUUGGAGGCGGAAAACGAGGAUGUGCAGGAAAGGAAUUUGCAUUGCUGGUGCUGAAGAUGUUGACUAUUGAGCUGGCACGAUCAUGCUCGUGGACAGUCCCUAAUACCGACCCGCCAAUGACGUAUCUACCUAUUCCCUACCCAAAAGACAAUCUGCCCAUGCAGUACGGGACCGUACCAAACGAGGCAACGGUCUCUCACUGUGUGACGUCCGUGUCUCACAACUGCCCAUCUCUAUAUAUUUUUGAAAUAUUACGUUAUGUGACCAUGGAGAUGAUAAGGAAGGCAGCAGUACCUAUAUGUAUAUAG